GCUGACUGGCCAGUCUGGGAAACCAGAUUAAACCAGACAACCAGCCCUUGCUCGGUUUAAGUUUUUAUUUCAGGAAUGCUGUGGCUCUUGGGUCAUUUGUCCGCUUUUUCUUGGGUUCGAAGGGACAACACACGCACCACACGCAGCCUGUGUCCGUGUGUGUGAGAACAAGCCAUUGUGAUUUACAUACACCCCUCUGCCUGCUACCCCACCCCUCCCUCUUGCCCCGUCUACCCCCUUCUUCUUCUUCUGCCUUUUUCUUCGCACUUCACUCAGUCUCUCACACACUCGCAGCCCGUGAUCAGCUUCACUCUGCCGCGCGCGUUUCACCGAGCGCCGCUGGAAACGAUGGGAACGGAGACUCACGCGCUUCUCUGUGUUUGUUUAGGAUUUUUUUGCUGAUAGACUCAUAUAAUCAGGAUCUCAUUUUCAAGCUUUAACACAAUGGGCUGCUGCAGCGGACGGUGCACCCUUAUAUUUCUGUGCACGUUUCAGUUGAUGGUGGCAUUAGAGAGGCAGGUGUUUGAUUUCUUGGGCUACCAGUGGGCUCCUAUCCUUGCAAACUUCUUCCACAUCCUGGUUGUUAUCCUGGGCCUUUUUGGCACCAUUCAAUACAGACCUCGCUAUAUUGUGGUGUAUACUGUGUGGACAGCGCUGUGGGUGGCUUGGAACGUCUUUAUCAUCUGCUUCUACCUGGAGGUUGGAGGUCUAUCAAAGGAUAGCAAUCUCUUGACCUUCAACAUCUCGGCACACCACUCCUGGUGGAGCGAGCAUGGGCCAGGCUGUGUCCGAAGAGAGAUCCCCGCCAGCGGAGACCCCAGUCCAGACGCACAGUCCUAUAUAUCCAUCAUGGGCUGUCUGCUGGAGUACCAGUACAUAGAGGUCCUGCACAGCAGCUUCCAAAUCCUUAUCUCUCUGCUGGGCUUCAUCUACGCCUGCUACGUCAUCAGUGUCAUCACAGAGGAGGAGGACAGCUUUGAUUUUAUUGGUGGAUUUGAGCCAUUCCCACUCUACCAUGUCAAUGAGAAACCAUCUCAUCUUCUGUUAAAGCCUGUGCAUCAGUCUUCGUAAAUGAAAGAGUGUUGUGAAGAAGAGCCGCUCUGCCCAUUCCUCCUCUCUGCUCUUCACCUCUUCACCUUUAAAACACUCCCUAACCGUCCUAAACGCCUUUCUGGAGUACUGGAGAAUUGGCUCUCUGAUUCCCAGCUCUGGACAAAACACAGUCGCUCCAUCCAGCUGCCUCAUUUAGACCCUCUUAUUCAAGUGGCUGUAAAACAUAUCUAAACACAAAGGUCCAGUAUUUUGUUGGUGUGGUGUGUGGUCCAUGCGUUUGAGUUCUUCAAGUGGCGUUCAGAUGUUGAUGUUCACCGAGUUCCAGCUCUGUUUGUGUGUGUGUGAGGAGGGCCAUUAUGUGCUGUUUACCUUCACACAGGACUUGCACAGUAAAACUGAGGAGGGAGCUGAGAGGAGGAAAAUGAGUGCAGCCCAAACAAUAAGAAAAAGCAAGCUGACCUCCUGUGGCAGUCCAAAAUAGAAGCUAAGGAAGCAUAAAAUAUGAAUACAAUAAAAAAUUAGAGCUUUUCCGAGUUGUUUUAUGUCAUAGUGUGAUGUAUAACUCUCAUGAUUCACUGUCAAAUUCAGUUUGUCUUUUUUUUCUUUUAGUUUUAAGUCUAAAGUCUUGAUUUAUACACAGUGAAUCCCAAAUCACUGUAUUUAGACGCUCAAAUCACACUAAACAAUGUAUAAAAGUGAUUACAUUAGAUAAUUAUACAUCUGGCUGAAAAAUCAAACAAAUCAGAAGUGGCUCAUUUGUUUUCAGAUACUUAUUGGUUUGAUUUGUUUGAUCUAAUGAAAUAAAAUGUUUGCAUUUUUUAAGUGUGACUUGGGGUCACUGUGCAUGCCGUGAGUAUUUUUUAUGUUAAUAAUCAUCAUUUAUUGCACAGUGUUUGUAUCAGAAACCAGUUUAGGCUUCCUCUGGUAGUCAGUCAGAACUGGCAGUACUGUUUUCAUAAUUAAUAUUAUAGUAGGACUGGUUGAUGUUAUGAAACAGGAAACGGUUCUUUCAUCUGAAUGGUGCUUGUAAUCAAAUAUUAGUUUGUGAACAAAUUGUCAGCAUGUCCUUAUGUGAAUGAGUAACGGUUGAGUGGCUGUCAAUGUCUUUCACUGUAGAUGCAGAGCUACUGUAACGGUUUACUGGAAACAUAAACCUCAAAGCCCAAAUGACUGAUCUGACGUAUCAUAGUGUGUAUGACAAGAGAGGAACUGUGUAUUUCUUUCCAAAUUGAGAUGUGAAGGCCAAAGGUCCGUAUUCAAAUAGUUACUUGUAAUCUCAGAUGUUUCAUAUCAUGAGACUUGUCUAUUGGCAGCAUUUGUCCUUGUGGCCUGAUGGUAAAGGAACCGUGCAUAUUGUGGUCUUAAAAGAAUGGUUCACCCUUGCUCUUGCCUAUAUACCUUUAUUUUCCCUUGGAAUGCAAAAGGAGAACUUUUGAAGAAUGCUCAUGUUGCUCUUUUCCAUACAAUUAAAAAAGGUCAAACAAAGCAUUCUAAAAGUGGUCAGUCUUAAAAUACCGGGUCUUUAUUGGCAACUUUAACAUCCAUAGAAAAACUUUAUUCCACAAAAGGUUCUUCUUAUGAAAAAAGUUUUUUUAAAGAACUGUUCACUGCAAGGUUAUUCGAGGAACCCAAAAUGGUUCUUCUAUGGCAUCGCUGAGAAACCCUCCUUUUGGCACCUUUAUUUCUUAUGAGUGUGUAUGAUUUGUUCCCUAUACAGUAUGAUCCUAGUAGUCAGAAGUCAUACAAUAGCUUGUACAAUGUUCUGGUAGAUCCACAUAUUGGUCAUGAAUCUAUCCUGCCCCCUAGUGUUCAAUGUCUUUCUGUACAAGACAACUCAACUCAUUGGACCACUCUCUGAAAAUACUCAUGUACAUUUGUAAUUGUAGCAUUUAGAAUAUUCAAUAUAGGACAGCAAUGAUAGUCUGCUGCAUAAAUGUCAUAAGGAGAAAAAGAAUGAUAUAGGUUUAUAUCAGACCUCUCCCCUCAUCUUUAUGUCUCUUUUUACAGGUGUUUUUUGUAAGCACUUUUUCUAUCUCUUUUCUGUGUUUGGUCUCUUCUCCAUAGUUCUUCAUUGACUGCCUGUCCAUCAACACGUGUUUGCUGACCAGAGUGUAAAUAGAUGUUUGUUAAUAAAAGUAUGCUUUUCAUGUAUUGAUUACA